AGAUGACGAUUACCACAACCACUUUGAUAUUUUAUCUCAAGAUUGUGUUCAUAUCAACCGGCGCAGGGGGUCUAGCCAUGGCAAUCAAAGCUUGGGUUCCGGUUCUCCUCCACCACCAUCUCCCCACCGUCGCCGCCUGUCUCCGGCCACCGUACCUAUAUGCCGUCAUCAACGCGAUCAUCCUCACCCUUCUUUACGCUUCUCGCUCCCAACACCCCGAAAGCCGCCGUCUUGAAGACGAUCAUAUUAUUAAGAGGGUCGAUAAUCAUAUCACCGGAGAUCGGCCGGUUUUCUCCGCCGUGAACGACGAUUCUCCCGUGACAGUGGUCAAGAACCGAGGCUGCGAAUCUAUGGCGCCUACCAAGAAAACGCAGUUCGCCGACGAACGUAAAACGGCGCUGAAACCGAAUGCCACUAUGGAAGACACGUGGGGGAUGAUCACGGAGAAGAGCCACGCGCCGCCGCAGCCCCGGAAGGGGCAGCUGAAGUCGCGGACGUUUAAGGAGAGGACGAGCUACGAGUUGCCGGCGGCGGCGAAGUGCCGGAGAGAGCCGUGGCUGAGUCAGGACGAGUUGAACCGGCGAGUGGAAGCGUUCAUCAAGAAGUUCAAUGAGGAGAUGAGGUUGCAGCGGCAGCGGUCUUUGCAGCGGCACAUGGAGAUGAUCAAUCAUGGGGCCCACUAACUUAGUUUUCGACUCCUUUUUUAAAUCAAAAGAAAAUCAAUUAAAGUGCUAAUUUAAGAUUUGGAGAUGGCUUUUCCUUUUUUUUAAAGUUUCAUAUUAUUAAUUAUGUAUUAUAUUAAAAUACUGAGCAUAUA